CGGUCCGCACUCGCUCUCGUGACUUCCAUUCCAAAAUUCCGCUCCUUCCUCCCGUGCCUCCACCUCGACGAUGCCAAAACCCUAGAGGGAACCCCACCUCUCCCCCCCCGUCCUGUUCCUCGGGGCGCGGCGUCAGCCAUGGCGGAGCCGGCGCUCCUCGACCACUCCCCGUUCGACCUCCGCCACUACCCGGCGCACCUCUUCGACCCGGACCUGCCCCUCGCCGGUGGCGACCUCCCGCUCGGCGAAUUCGCCGGCGACGACGGCCUCGACUUCGACCUGCCGGUCGAUUUCUCCGUCGACGACUUCCUCCUCCGGUCCCCCGACCGCGGCGGCGAAGGCGACGACUCCGGCGAGGGCUCCGCCGCCGGAUCCGGCCCCGCCACGUCCUCCUCCGCCUCCCCGGCCACCUCCGCCGCCAACUCCGCCGUGGCUAACGCCGGGGACCGCGAGGUGAAGCACGAGGACUCGGACGAGGGAAGGAGCGGCGCCGCCGCGAACUGGAGCCUGAAGCGGAAACAGGCGAGCCCAGGAGCGAGCUCGGACGGGGCCAAGUGCCGCCGAUCCGGCGACGGAGAGCUUUCCCCUUCCGCGUCGGCGUCGGCGUCGGCUUCGGCGUCGCGGGCCGCCGCGGAGGACUCCGACGAGAGGGGCGCGGGCGGCGAGGAAGAGGACAAGCGCCGGACUGCGCGUCUGAUGCGGAACCGCGAGAGCGCGCAGCUGUCGCGGCAGAGAAAGAAGCGGUACGUCGAGGAGCUGGAGGAGAAGGUGAAGUCGAUGCACUCGGUGAUAAACGACCUCAAUUCUAAGAUCUCCUUCAUUGUGGCCGAGAACGCCACGCUUCGGCAGCAGCUCGGUGGCGGUGGUGUGAGUGGCCCGCCACCUGGGGUGUAUCCACCGCCGCCGCUGCCGGGCAUUCAUUUCCCGUGGGUUCCUGGGUAUGCAAUGCGGCCUCAUGGCUCCCAUGUCCCACUCGUGCCUAUCCCGCGUUUGAAGCCACAUCAGACAGCGGCUGCAGCGAAGGUAUCCAAAAAACCAGAGGUCAAGAAGUCGGUGGAGAACAAGAGUAAGGCCAAGACCAAGAAGGUGGCGAGUGUUAGUCUUCUUGGUUUGCUGUUUGUUGCGCUUGUCUUUGGUGCUUUUGUUCCGGGGUUCAACCAUAGUUUCGGAAUGAGUGGCAGGAGCAACGAUGUGAUAUUUGGAAGUUUUGGCCACUCUGAUGCUAGGGUGUUUAGUGUCACUAACCAUGGGAAAGGACCUAAAGGUGGUUUAAACAGUAGCGACAUGAUCGAUACUGAUCCUGGAAUGGCAGAGAGUGCCGAUGGAGCAGGGCAGAAGCAUCAUCCUGCACAUAACUCAAGUGAAAUCUUGCCUGCUUUGUUAUAUGUGCCGAGGAAUGGAAAACAUGUUAAGAUCAAUGGUAAUUUGAUUAUCCAUUCUGUUCUUGCAAGUGAGAAAGCAGUGGCACAUAGGGCCUCAAAUGGUCAGUCAGUUAAAGAUCACAAGGAGACUAGUGUUGCUGUAGCUCGCUAUCUGUCACCACCUAGAAAGGAUACGGAUUCAAAGGAAACAUUCCCGCCAGAUGCACCACUGCCACAGUGGUUCCGUGAAGGAAUGGAAGGACCAAUUUUGAACUCAGGAAUGUGCAGUGAGGUAUUCCAGUUUGACAUUUCCGCAGCUUCUGCCGAAUCUGGUGGCAUUAUACCUGCUUCUCCAACUGUCAACUCCUCGAGCGUCAAUGCUACCCAGAAAAUUCCAAAACCUGCUCCUGCUUAUGGUGGCAAGCUGAAAAACAGGAGGAUCAUGUACAACGAGGCGAUUCCACUCACUGGAAAAACGGUGAACAACACAGAGCCUCAGGCUUUUAACAGCACUUCUGAAAGCAGCAAGGUACCUGAUAGCAAGCCAGCAUCAUCAGUUGUUGUCUCUGUGCUAGCUGAUCCCAGGGAGGCUGGCAAUGGGGAUGGUGAUCCAAGAGUGUCGCCGAAACCCCUCUCCAGGAUAUUUGUUGUCGUUCUCCUUGACGGUGUCAGAUAUGUGACUUACUCCUGCACACUUCCUUUCAAGAGUGUCAGCCCUCACCUUGUGAACUAAACCAUGGGGGUCAGUGCAGUGUUGUGGUGACUGAGCAGCUAGAUAGUUCAAAAUCAUGUGGUGCUGCUUGCUAACAGCGGAAAUAGACUUUCAGACUUCGUGUGCACUUGGCCUGAGGUAACUGGAGUUUGUCGAAGGUUUGUAGUGGAGACUGGUGAAAUGUUGUUCUUCAAGUUCGACUUUAACCGAUGCGGUUUGUCCUGCUAUGUAGUCGAGUUCUUGGUACUCCUCUGUCUUGAGUGUAAACCUACGGAGCUGGAAAAUGUAACAGUUGACGAGGGAAUACAGGAACUCGAACCGAGCUAUGUAACCCAAACAGGUUUUUACUGAUAAGUUAAUAUAUAGAAUAUGCUUCCUAUUUCCAA